AACUCAGUGUGUGGAAAAUCUCGACUCUUUAUUUUGUGUCUUGCCAGUUUAAAUAAGUAUAUCAACGUGUUCUUUGUCAAAGUAGAGAGUGCAAAUUGUGGCCACAACGAUAAUGAAAUAGUUCUAUAUCAUCAUUAUCAUCAGAUCAGCGAAAUGGAGCAAAUAUGUCCCUUUAACACUCCAACGCCCAACAUGAAUACUCCAGUGAUUUCAAACUUAACAAUAAACUAUAGUUAUCCAGUAAACCAUCUGAAAUCAUCUCCAUACUAUGAAAACGAUUAUUCAGAGCAAUACGCAGAUGUAAACAACCCCAACAUUUCUGAACAAGACAAUUAUCAAAAUUAUCGAAAUCAAAAUUACCAUCAACAAGAAUAUUUGUGUAUAGUCCAGAGAAAUUUAGAAUGGAUAGAUGCGAAUAGAGAUGGAGUGUUUUUUAACGAGAAUAUGAAUUAUGGGAACAAUUAUUUUCAGUAUAAAGGAAAUGAUGAUUAUAAUCAAAAUGGGGGACAACAUGCUAAUGAUAGUGAUGGAUAUUUGGACGAAAGCUUGGACAUUAAUUCAUAUUCAGACGACUCAAGAGAUAUCAAAGACGCAGAAUUUAUCACUAAACCUCGAAAAGAAAGAACAGCCUUUACAAAAAACCAAAUUAGGGAAUUAGAAAAAGAAUUUGUUCAUUCAAAUUAUUUAACUCGAUUGAGAAGAUAUGAAAUUGCUGUAGCCCUGGACUUAACCGAAAGACAAGUUAAAGUGUGGUUUCAAAACAGAAGGAUGAAAUGGAAGAGAAAUAAAUCUGGAGACAGGCAAAAUAAAGCCAAACAUUUGAAAUCAGUUUCAUAAUUUGUAAUAGUAGAUUAAAGAAAAAUAUAUAUGUAUUAGUUAUUAUUAAAUGUUUUAUAUUUA